AGUACGCCGAAAACGGUCUGGCAUCUCAGCAAGCAUUACUUUUCACUUUUAACUUUUCAUCGCUAGCGAGUGUUACGUUUUCGAGCAGCGUUGUGCUAAAAGUUUAAUUACAAGUUAAUUAAUUUGAAAAAUAUAUAAAAAAUAUAAAAUGGGUGGUCACAACGAUCAAAAUGGAAACUCCAAUGGCCAGCACGAUGAUGAUUCCAUCACCGAGCCAGAGCAUAUGCGUAAAUUGUUCAUCGGUGGUCUUGAUUACCGCACAACCGACGACAAUUUGAAAGCGCAUUUUGAGAAAUGGGGCCAAAUUGUCGAUGUGGUCGUCAUGAAGGAUCCCCGCACGAAGCGCUCUCGCGGCUUCGGCUUCAUCACUUACUCCCACUCCAGCAUGGUGGACGAGGCCCAAAAGGCGCGUCCCCAUAAAAUCGACGGUCGCGUCGUCGAACCCAAACGCGCUGUACCACGUCAAGAUAUCGAUUCGCCAAAUGCGGGCGCCACUGUCAAGAAACUGUUUGUGGGCGCUCUGAAGGACGACCAUGACGAGGAGAGUCUGCGUGAUUACUUCCAGCACUUUGGCAGCAUUGUGGACAUCAAUAUUGUCAUGGACAAAGAGACAGGCAAAAAACGUGGCUUCGCCUUUGUCGAGUUCGACGAUUACGAUCCCGUGGACAAAGUUGUGUUGCAAAAGCAACAUCAGCUCAACGGAAAAAUGGUGGACGUGAAGAAAGCAUUGCCAAAACAGAAUGAUAUGGGCGGUGGUGGCGGCGGUGGUCGUGGUCAGGGUGGACGUGGUGGUGGCGGUAAUCGGGGUGGAAAUAUGGGCGGUGGUAUGGGCGGUGGUGGUGGCGGUUUUGGCAACCAGAACGGCAACUGGGGCAAUCGUGGCGGUAACAAUGAUAACUGGGGUGGUAAUAACUUUGGAGGCGGCUACGGUGGCGGCAACAAUUGUUGGGGCAACAACAGCGGACCAUGGGACAACCAGUGGGGCAACAAUGGCGGUAACUUUAGCGGUGGUGGCGCCGGCGGCGGCGGCAACGGCAACUGGGGAAAUAAUGGUGGCAAUGAGUUCGGUAACUACCAGCAGAGUUACAGCGGAGGACCACAACGAGGUGGCAACUUUGGCAACAGCCGCAUGCAGCCUUACCAAGGCGGCAACUUCGGCAACAAAGCAGGCGGUGGAAACCAAGGCAAUUAUGGAAACAAUCAGGGCUUCAAUAAUGGUGGCGGCAACAAUCGCAGAUAUUGAGGCGCCCAGAAGAGGUGGUAAAUUAGCAGUGGCUCAGGCUCAGUUUAUGCCCAAAAGUCAAAGUCAAGUAAACGAUACGCAAUUCAAUGAUAUGAGCAACAACUCAUAUACCUAAGAAGUUUUCCGAGAACAACCACAAUACAAUACCAAAACAAAAUCAUGAUCAUGACAGAAGAGAAAUAUCAGGAUCAGUGCAGUGCAGUCGUGAGAUUGGUUCAGUCGAAAGUCAGUACAAGUACAGUACAGAGCAGAGAGCGAGCAGUGUGUAUGUGUGUGAGUGUGUGAUCUAUCGAUAAGAUUGAUCAGAAAAAAAAAAAAUAAAUAAAUAAAAGCAAACAGCAGCAACAUCACAUCUCAGCAGCUCAGAGUUACAGAACUUGAAAUACAGUGAAGAGAGAGAGACAAGAAGAGUAAGCAGAGCAGCAGCGAUCCUCACACAUACGCAUCUCAAUCAGCAGUACACGUACACAGCAGCUGGCCAGGAUUCAAUGAGAGUAAUUUGCACAGUUACCAUAAUACUUAUGAUUAAAAAUUAAUUACCUACCUACCUAUCUACGUACACGUCAAAAACCAAUUCAAUAUUCAAUUAGCAUAAUAUUUAUAUAUUCAACAUUUUAUAGCAAACCCAAAAUAAGCAAAGCAACAUUGUAAAAUAGUUUGUCAUAUUGAAGUUGAUCAGCUAAUUAAGAUAAAGCUAACAAAGCAAAAAACAAAACUAAACUUAUAAAACAAAAACCAAUCAUCAUACAUAACGAUGUCAACAAACCAAGUUAAACUUUGUAUUCUUUUAGCCACAUUGCUUAACAACUUCUUUAGUAAACAAUAAUUUUAGUACUAUUUAUAUACAACAACAAGAAAAAACUAAAGAAAGAACAAUUUCAUGGCGGCAGCCCCACCCCCCAGUGGUUUAACGGUUGCCGCACAUAAUUUCUGAUAAUCAGUGCAAAAUUUACACAAAUCUAUAUAUUAAAAAUAUGUAUUACUACUUUUUCACUAGGCUUAAGUUCUCAUAAUUUUAUGAAAUGAGUAGAGCGCGUGUUCAUUUCUCACGAAACGCGUGCUGUAUUAGCAUUAAAUAAAUAUACAUACUAAUAUCAUAGCUGGUUCCGUGCGAACCAAGGAUUAAGUAAUGAUGAUGAGGAGCUUCUGACGCUCAUUUUUUGUAAGCGACAUUGACGACAUUCAACAUAAAUAUCUCCCCAAUGUUUAGUUGUAACCAAAAUGAACAAAAAUUAAUUGUAAUCGAUACCUUUUAGCAGUCUAUCUAUAAAUGCAGUUGUGAGAGGUCAGCGCAAUUAAGGAUUUUAAUAUGUUAACGAAAUUUACAUUAAAAUGUAGCAAAGAAAGAUA